AUGGCCAAAACAAAGACAAAUCAAAAGCUGUUGAAAUUCAGCCGACAGUCGGCUUCAGGACAACAACAGGCGAACAGCAAAGACAGCGCUUCCAGAGCUGAUAAUCCGCAAACGAAACAGAAACUCAUGACCACUAAUACAUCGCUUCCGCACGUCUUGGCCAUGAUAUCGAUGGGUAAGUGUUUGCGUGUGUUGUCCACGGCUUGGGAUGAGUUGGUCCGUUACAACUGUAUUAUCUUCUCUCACUCUCGAGGUGUUUGCCGUCGCAUAACGAACAACGAUCUGAUCCGUCAGCGACUGAUUGUCUACUUAUGUCUUGUGCUGAUCGGCGGUCUAUUGAAUGAUUUCGCGCCAUUGAUAUCGCGAUCCUUUAUGUUCAAAGUGGCGAAGAAUAAUGUCCUCAACCAGUGGUUCGUCAAAAUCGGCUGGUUUUGGACACUAGUGCUCACGUCUCCGCUCAUUGCCAUCACUUCCGCCGUAUUGGCCGACGACCGGCUCAAGAGUGAGGCCAACGGCCGACUCACCCGACGGCCGCUGUCCGCCCGAACCGACACUAAGUUUGAUAGAUUGAAACAAUUGGUGCCGUAUUUGCGGACGCGUCAGAUGUUUAGACUUGUGUUCAAUACAGUUGUCUGGUAUUUGUCCACCAAUUUCUUCCUCUACUUCGAAGACAUGACCGGUUCGUGCCUUACGUCCCAAUCAGUUGUGGGCAUUAAUUACGAUAAAAUUAAUUGUGUUAAAAGUGGCUACAAAUGGAUCCCUGGGUUUGACAUCAGUGGCCACACGUUUCUCCUAAUCUUCUCGAACCUGAUUUUGAUCGAAGAGAGCGCUGUUAUGAUCGGUUGGGAACCGUUUGGCCAUCAAUUGUUCACUCAGAACACAAACAACGAUAACUCAGAGCUGAUCCCAAACCCAGAACAAUAUCGUCUCUAUAAUAAACACUCAAAAAUAGUGCGGCUAUUGUUUAUUCUAAUAACCGUGUUAUCACUCAUUUGGGACUUUAUGUUACUGCAGACCUCACUCUUCUACCAUACAAUGCUUCAGAAACUGGUGGCCGCCGUCUGGGCGACCACCGCAUGGCUGCUCACCUAUCGGUACGGCUAUAAGCGGUUCGCCAUUGAUGUCAAACCGCCUAAACUUAAUCGAAAUUCUUAG